AAUAGAACACUACCAUUACAAAACCUUACUCUCACCUCUCACCCUCACCCACCCCUCAACACCCCACUACCCUACCCACGCCACCAUCCCAUCCAUCCUCUCAUCUCUCUUUGUAUUCUUUCUUUUUAAUUGAUGAAACCAAAUAUUAUCUUUACCCUUUGAAUAGGCUUUUUCUUAAUUCCCUUUACACUUUAUAUAUUUUCCCCUUUGAGCAUCUUUUUUUUUCCUUGCAACCUUUUUGCUUGAAUUGUAUACAACUUCAUUUCAUAUAUACAUACAUAUGUAUACAUAUAUAUUUCUUCUUCAUUCUUCCCCUUUGUUACUUUGAUCUAUGUUCUAGUCCAAAAACCUAAAAUAUAUAUAUAUAUAUAUAUAUAUAUAUAUAAAUAUAAAAUGGCAUUCGACAUGACUUCUUCUUCUACAUCAUCUUUCUCAGAACGCGUUUGUUACUUGCAGUGCAAUUUUUGCAACACCAUUCUUGCGGUUAGUGUUCCCUGCAGCAGCAUGCUAACCAUAGUAACAGUAAGAUGUGGGCAUUGUGCAAAUUUGCUUUCUGUUAAUAUUGGAUCUUUACUUCAAGCUCUCCCCUUUCAAGAUCUACAAAAACUGCAAAAACAACAGUAUACAAAUGUUGAACACAAUAAUGCUAGUAAUUAUAAAGGUUAUGUCUCAUCAUCAUCAUCUUCUUCUAAGUUCAACAGAUUUUCUGCCAGUAUUUCUCCUGAAAUUGAACCUAGAAUCCCUCCGAUUCGUCCACCAGAGAAAAGACAGCGUGUUCCUUCUGCCUACAACAAAUUCAUCAAGGAAGAGAUCCAAAGGAUUAAGGCCAGCAAUCCUGAUAUUACCCAUCGUGAAGCUUUUAGCACUGCUGCCAAAAAUUGGGCACAUUUUCCACAUAUUCACUUUGGACUCAAGCUGGAGGGCAACAAAUAGUGCAUCUUGAGGGGGAAAAUAAGAUUAAAAAAACUUUAAUAUAUUAUAUCAUAUUCAUAUAUGUCUUAAUUUUAUAUUCAAGUUGUGAAAGUCUCCUCAUGUUGGCAUAUUUCAUUUUCGUUUGCUUUAAUUUUGGUUAAAUUAAAUGUCAUGUAUCUAACUAACUAUUUUCAAUGUUUAAUUUAUUCAAUAACAUACAAUUGCUCUUC